CUCCGAGUUCGCUUAGAGUGAAACAAACAUGGCGACAGACUGGAGUGGUUGGCAGGGGUACACGCUAACUUUAAUCAUUUUACUAUGGUGUACGGCGGGCACAGAAGCCGAGACGGGGAUCCCGGAGACCGGUAGCCCCACCCAGGUCUUCGGCAUGCGGCUGGAGAGGAGCGACAAGCCAGCUACUACCACGGACGACGGGGUGAUCCAAGUAACAGAGGAGAGCAACAUCUUCAUGAGGUUCUACGGGCUGCAGAUUCUUCCUGACACCUCGUCACAGAUCAAGUUCACGGAACAUGAACAUGGUGAUGUUACCAGCAAUAAUGCUAAUUUUAACAGGACUUGCGCCGAAUAUACCAAAGAUAUCGUUAUUCGGGGUGGCAUGAACGUGAGUCACCUCGGAACCUCCGGGGUGGUGAGUUUGAAAAUCAAGCCGCUCCGGAAGCGCGAGCUCAAGAAGGAGUAUGGGCUCUGCGUCCGGGACAGUCAAGAUGGCAAGUGGUACCUGUUGGGUGAGGAUGACGGGAGGCUACGAGUGGUGGAGGAAAAGAAAUCUAUGCUUCCUAUGUGGUUCCAGUGCAUCCUCAUCUGCGCUCUAUUGGUGCUGUCUGGUAUGUUCAGUGGGCUCAACCUGGGACUCAUGGCCCUAGACCCUAUGGAGCUCCGGAUAGUCCAGAACUGCGGUACCGAAAAGGAGAAGAGGUACGCCAGCAAGAUCGAGCCCAUUCGGAGAAAAGGGAACUAUCUUUUAUGUUCCUUACUUCUGGGUAAUGUGCUAGUCAACACAACUCUCACCAUCCUCCUGGAUGACUUGAUAGGGUCAGGUCUGGGAGCAGUGGUCGCCUCCACUAUAGGUAUUGUCAUAUUCGGGGAGAUCGUUCCCCAGGCGCUGUGCUCUCGCCACGGACUGGCUGUAGGAGCCAACACCAUCAUGGUGACCAAGUUCUUCAUGUUGGUGACCUUCCCCCUGUCAUGGCCCAUCAGUAAACUCCUGGACUGCAUCUUGGGCCAGGAGAUCGGUACCGUGUACAACAGGGAGAAGCUGGUGGAGAUGCUGAGAGUAACGGAACCGUACAAUGACCUGGUCAAAGAGGAACUCAACAUGAUCCAGGGGGCGCUUGAGCUCAGGACCAAAACCGUUGAAGAUGUCAUGACGCCGAUCAGUAAUUCCUUCAUGAUCCACAGCGACGCUGUGUUGGACUUCAACACCAUGUCAGAGAUCAUGGAGAGCGGGUACACACGCAUACCGGUGUUUGAGGACGAGAGGUCCAACAUUGUGGAUAUCUUGUUUGUCAAGGACCUGGCUUUCGUUGAUCCGGAUGACUGUACGACGCUGAAGACCAUCACCAAGUUCUACAACCACCCAGUUCACUUCGUGUUCCACGACACCAAGCUGGAUUCCAUGUUGGAGGAGUUCAAGAAAGGUAAGUCCCACCUGGCCAUCGUUCAGAAGGUGAAUAAUGAGGGCGAGGGGGAUCCGUUCUACGAGGUGCUGGGAUUGGUUACCUUGGAAGACGUCAUCGAGGAGAUCAUCAAAUCAGAGAUCCUGGACGAGUCGGAUCUUUACACUGACAACAGCAGAAACAGGAAGAAGGUGGCACCCAAUAAGAACAAACGAGAUUUCUCCGCCUUCAAACAGACUGAGAGCGAAUCCAAAGUCAAGAUCUCCCCUCAGCUGUUAUUGGCCGCUCACCGUUUCCUGGCAACAGAGGUGACGUUAUUCAGCCCGUCCCAGAUAUCGGACAAGGUUCUGUUGAGGAUUCUGAGACACCCAGACGUCAUCCAGGAAAUUAAGUUCAACGACAGUGACAAACGCUGUCCUCAACACUUUGUCUACCAGAGAGGGAAGGCUGUCGACUACUUCAUACUCAUACUGCAGGGUCGGGUGGAGGUGGAAGCCGGGAACGAGAACAUGAAGUUUGAGACGGGACCCUUCUCCUACUACGGAGUCAUGGCCCUCAGUGCUCCCACGUUAGAGUUCCGCUCCCCAUCACACAUCAGUGGUUUGAACAGGACAUCGUCUCUCAGCGCUGCAGAUCGGACGGAGUCUGUGUCUGUCGGCGGCAGUAACAGCCAGCUCAACACUCAGUUCACUGUCCCCUCACCGUCAUACACACCCGACUUUUACGUACGAGCUCUCUCAGACCUGCAGUUCGUCAAGAUCACACGUGCCCAGUACCAGAACGGUCUGAUGGCGUCUCGUCUGGAUUCCUCCCCCCAGUCACCUGAUUGCGGCCACCCCCGUCUGGAGGGUACCCCGCCCCCUGUGGGCACCGCCAACGUCUUCUUCCUAGCUGACGACAACCCCACUCCGGAGAAAAGCCCCCUCCUGGCUGACGAGACCACCUCUCUCCUCAACGAGCAGAACUCUCUGCCUCACAACCACCACCACAACCCAUCAGAGAACAGCAUAUGACACACACACUAGUACACACACUUAUAUAUGUGCGUUUACACACACUACCAGGGACUGAGGAGACUGUGUGUGAGCGCGCGCUAACACACACACACACACACACACACACACACACACACACACACACACACACACACACACACACACACACACACACACACACACACACACACACACACACACACACACACACACACACACAGACAUUAUGCCAAACUGUCUUGAGGAACGACUCUCUCCCCCCAUUUUAAAAGUCAACCCUGUGGCUGGUAGUGUGUACAGUGUCAGCUAUCCCCACUGUACCCCCUCUUCCAGCAUGGUCAGCUAUCCCCACUGUACCCCCUCUUCUAGCAUGGUCAGCUAU